CCCAGAGUUCCCAGCACAACCUGCAGAUCAGAGCGACAUUAUGCCUGAGUUUGGCGCAGACAUGAGUUCCAAUGUCCAAGAUGCCCCGAUCAGAGAGUCGGCAUAAUCCAGCGCUCCAAGAGUGGGCGGAUGACCAGAGCGCAUCGACGCAUGUUGCAUAUCUUUCGGAUCCCACUUGUGAUGUCUCCGAGUCCAAGUUGAGCGGACAUUCAGAAGUCCAUGCCAACUUCCCAGAAGUUCCCCUAGUGGAGUGCACACCAGAAGUCAAAGUUAAAGUUGAAGUCGAAGUCAGAAGCGAAGCGCUGCAAACUGAAUUGAGUCGCGCUCACAUUCAGUCUGAAGCCGAUCGUGCGCCGAUUGCCGCAUCCAUCUCUAGCGCUGAGAGCCUAGAAUCUAGCACUUAUGACCAACUAGAGAGCCCUGUUGAAGUACCAGAGCUAGAACCAAAAGAGCUUAGGCCUAUCGGCCUUGAACGCAUCUCAGAUCCGCAAAUUUGCGAAGAUAACUUAGCUCCUCAGGCCUCAGAUUGGGCCGAGACUACCCAUACGUGCUCAGACGAAGCUAGAAUACCUCAUACGAUGGAGGCGACGACUUUUAUUGACAAGAAGGAGCCGAUUGACUCAAGCGCGAUGACUUUGAGCCCGCGAGACUUUGACCGCACCCG